UCCCCUUCUCUCUCUCUCUCUCUCUCUCUCUCUCUUUCUCUCUCUCUCUACCCCUCUCUCUCAAUUGCCGAGGAAGCAUGGACAAUCAAUGCAGUCCUCUUCUCACUUGGGCUUACUAUUCUCAGGGAAAGAGCAUGGAUGAGCUAAGACAGUCUCUUUUACUCACAACUCUGGAGCUAGAAACAACUCGGCUUAAAGCUCAAGAAGAGCUAAAAAUGAGAGACGAACAAUUGAAUCAUCUCAAGUCUCUGCUCUCCGAAGCAAUCAGAGAAAGAGACGAAGCUCAAGACAAAUGUCACAAACUCUUCUUAGAUAAACUCUUAGCUCCACUUUCUGGAAUUUCAAGCAUUGAGGACGAACCCAGAAGAGGAUUAGACUCCAACAAUGGCUUUUCAUCUUCAGAUUGCGAAGAAAGCAUCAUUUCACCACCGCCACCAGCAAUUCCAUUCGUGUCUGACAAGCCUUUGCCAGAACAGGGGAAGCUGUUGCAGGCAGUGAUGAAAGCAGGGCCACUGCUUCAGACCCUCCUCCUUGCAGGGCCACUGCCGGAGUGGCGCCACCCUCCGCCGCCGCUGGACUCCUAUCAGAUUCCGCCGCCGCCGCCGCAACUCCUCCACCGAGAGCCUUCCCUAGACACUGGUUCUUGUGAGGACAAAACUAAUAGGAAAAGGGUUUUCUGUGAAAGCUCUGAUUCUUUAAAUGAGACUAGUAAGUUCCCAAGAUUUGUUCACCAUUGACUACCCACUGUUAGUGAUCCAUGGAGUUACAGAGUUAUACUUAGCAUUUCUUUGUAGUAAUUGAAUUUAGUAAGGAAGCUAUUGUGAGUUGGGUAUUCAAACUAAUCUAGUACUUGUACAGAUAUGUGUUUCAGAAAA